CACACAAAGCACAUCACAUCAAACCAAGAUCUUCCAAAAAAAAAGAAGAAAAAAAAAUGGUUUUCACAGACAAUGACAGUGCAAACACAAGUGAAAUAUACAAAGCUCAAAUGCACGUGAACAAAUAUCUCCUCGGCUUCCAAAGCUGCAUGGCGGUGAAGUAUGCGACGGAGCUAGGCAUCGCCGACGCAAUCCACCGCCACGGAAAACCUAUCACUCUCUCCGACUUGGCCGCAGCGCUGAAUCUUCCCCCUUCAAAAGUUGGUGUUCUCCAUCGCUUCAUGCGCCUUCUGUCACACAAUGGCUUCUUCACCAAAACACCUUCACAGAACUCUGAAGAAGAAGAAGAAACAUAUUCUCUGACUCUUGCAUCAAAGUUUCUGGUCAGAAGCAACUCCUUCUGCUUAGCACCUAAUGCGGAAGUGGCGUAUCAUCCCAGUUUGUUCAACAUGUGGAACUCCUCCAACAAGGAAGUGCUUACAGAGGAUACUCAGGUUCCGUUGUUCCAGAGCGUGACCGGAGAGACUUACUUUAACUUCAUCAACAAUGAUUCUCAGUUUCUGAACGUAUUUCAGAAGGCUGUGGCCGCUGAUUCUGAAAUGAUCAAACUGGGUCUGCAACAAUGCAAGCACGUGUUUGAAGGAUUGGAUUCUCUUAUCGAUGUGGGAGGUGGCACUGGUGCUGUCUCCAGGGUCAUACUCGAAGCCUUUCCUCACUUGAAAUGCACAGUCCUUGACCAACCACAAGUUGUGGCUAAUUUGGAAACAACCCAAAAUCUCAGUUUUGUUGGUGGUGAUAUGUUUCAAUCAAUUCCUUCCGCUGAUGCAGUUUUACUCAAGUGGGUUCUGCAUAAUUGGGAUGAUGAGCAUUCUAUAAAGAUAUUGAAGAAGUGCAAAGAAGCGAUUUCUGGGAAAGGGAAGGAGGGAAAGGUGAUAAUCAUAGACGUGGUGAUUGAUGAAGCAGGUGAUGAUCGAGAUGUGACUGAGUUGAAACUGAACUUUGACUUGGCGAUGUUGACUCUCUUGAAUGGAAAAGAAAGAGAAAAGAAAGAAUGGGAGAAACUUAUACACCGUGCUGGCUUCACCAGCUGCAAGUUUAGUCCAGCGUUUGGCUUCAAAUCUAUCAUAGAAGUUUAUCCUUGAUAUUUGUUUUAAACUGUUUUAAUUAAUGUGGGCUACCAUUUCAAUAAUAAGUUUCUGCUUCAGGCAUAUUAAUAAGA